AUGCCCUGCGCGGCGGGCAGUCGCUGCACGGCUGUCCCCGAUCACACGCCAGGCCCGCCGGCGUUCACAAAUCACCAAUGUAGAGGAGUCUGCGGGCAGUACCUCCAUGGCACCUGUGGUGUGGUGGACCCUCAGGGCACCUCCGAGAUGCAUCGCAUCUGCCACAACUGCCUGUCCUCCCGUUGGUUUCUUGGUUGGGUUUGUGUUAUUUGUACGGCGAGUGAGUGAUGUUUUGAUAUUGUGAAGCUCUUUUUUUUUCGUUGACUUGUGUUUUUGUCGGGGGUUUAAAUCGAUGGGAUGAGAGGUAUGAGGGUGUUAUGUUGAGGGUACGGUGGGAGGAAGGGGUGCAUUGUGUAAACGGGUGCGUCGUUCUUGAGUGCUGGUGCAUUCGUUGCCUCGUGUUGUCCUUCUAGAAGAGGUGCGACUAUGAAACACAUCUAUUAAACAACUCAACCAAAAACCUUUUACGUGUCCACGUGCAAAAUGUGCAUCGCAUCACACAACGAUGAUUUAUUUUCCGAACGCAGAUCCACCAAAAGCGUACCACGUACAGCAGUACUUGGGUCCACGUGCUUGCCAACCAAGAGAAUGAGCGGUGUUUGGAGGUAGCCCGACGUGGUAACGCUAGCUGCGCAAGUGACAUGCAUGAUACGCUCUCUUCAUGACCUAUUUUGGCAUUCGAGUGUAGUCAGUGCGCGAGAGUCCCUGUUUCACGACCUUUAGUUUUGUCUACGAUAUAAGAGAAUAUUCUCGUAUAGUGAGAUACUGUUUAAGAUAAUUCUCUCUUAUACCCCAACACGAUAUAACAGAAAGCCGGAUUUAAGACAGUGAAAUUGGCUUGUACCGACCCUCUCUUAAACCGUAGCCGCUA